AAAAAAAUAUCCGCAAACCCAAAAUGAUUUUCAUUUCAAUGUUUUUAUUUAUCAAACAUCCUUUAUUAAUUUCCAAUUUUUGCAAUCUUCGGAAUGAGUUCCUUCAAUUCUAAUACACAUGCGCAAAACGCAUGCGCAAUACCACCAGUUUCUAAAAUUAACAAGAGGGAGCGCUGUAGUUGAGUUUCUCGAUUAUUAGUACCCGUUACUCCGCUUUUUAAUAGACAUUUUUAAAAGUUAAGUUAAAAUGUCAACAUAGUCGCUUUAAAAUUUAAACACGCUUACAAAAUUUGCACAAAGUAGCAUUAGGAACACGGUCUUCGGCAUUCGAGAUAAUGCCCUACAAAAUGUCCGUGUGAAUGGACUACACGUCAGAAUGGAGGGAGGAAUAUUGCCGUUGAGAGAAUCCCCCUCAUGUGCCCAUUUUCAGCAAUUUUAAGCAACAUUAACCUAAUCGGAAUAAGAUUUGUAAAAUUGGCAUUGAGAAGAAUUGGAGAUAUUGUUAAUUAUUUAAUAUAAUCAGUAAGCCGAGCACUCUGUGCUCUAUAGUUUUCGAGAUCUCAACGUUCAUACAGGGAGGCGGACACGGCCAGAUCGACUCGGCUAGUGAUCCUGUUCAAGAUAUACAUAUAUAUAUAAAGUAUAUAAACGCUUCCUACUACCCGUUACAUAGUUUUCGACGAAUACUGUAAACCCUUCCCAGUUGGACCAUAAAUCUUGUGGUAGCCAAAAUCCACAUAAAAUUAUCUGUGUACGUGAGAGAUUGUACUACUGAAUCCGUCGCUACUACGGGAUGUAUAGAAUUCCAAUCUUCGCUUGUGACAUAUUCUUCGUGUUAUUUCCCUAAAGGGAUAUUUGAAAAAUACAUUAAGUGCGCAGCUCACUUACACAAAAAUGCGCCGUAUAUUGCGUUUCUAAAAAGUAAAAUAAAAGUUAAAACAGUUUUUGUAAUAUGAAUGUAAAUAAUUCCAGAAGCCAUUUACGUUCAUCCUCAAAAUUAAUAAAGAUACAUGUGUAUAUAAGAUCAAAAAAAAAAGAUGCAAAAAAAAGUGACCAACAUUCACUUACUAAGGAUUUCCGUAAUGGUAUUUUUGCUGUAUCAAAAAAAAAGAUGCAAAAAAAAGUGACCAACAUUCACUUACUAAGGAUUUCCGUAAUGGUAUUUUUGCUGUAUCAAAAAAAAAAGAUGCAAAAAAAAGUGACCAACAUUCACUUACUAAGGAUUUCCGUAAUGGUAUUUUUGCUGUAUUCUGUCGGUGAACAUUAAUUUGUAGCCGGCUGCCAACCGGGUGGCCAUUCA